CGCCUCCAGUCCAGUCAACAACAAGGGUCCUGGGCCGUUCGCGCUGUCCAACCUUUCCCUUCACUAUUUUCGCUUGGCCUAGAUGCCAUCAAUCCGUCCCUAUCCCCUCUGCGACUUGUUCGAACGAGUUAAAACAACGCCCAAAUGUCGAGCUCAACGAAGGACACAAAGAACCUUGAGCGUGUUAGAGACAAUCAGCGAAGAUCUAGAGCUCGGCGAAGAGAGCAUCUGCUCGAACUCGAGCACCGGAUUCGUGCCUAUGAGCUCCAAGGGAUCGAGGCCUCGUCCGAGGUUCAGCACGCCGCCAGGAGGGUCGCGGAGGAGAACAGAAUGCUCCGUGCUCUCCUCAACAGGCAUGGAAUCAACGAUGAUUACGUUGUGAGCUUCUUGCACUCUAGUGCUGCCACGCAACCUGACCCAGGGUCAAUAUCACACUUCCCCUCCAGCAGCCCCAGCGAGGCAGUUCAGGCGAUGCAGCAGGCAUUGGUACCUCGAAGACCGGCAAUUCACGACCAAGGCGUUCCAUAUCCGAUCCCUCCACAGGAAAACCGAGACCAGCCCAUGACCAGUGCACCGACGACUACAAACCCCCUCUGGGAACCGGCACAACCCAUUCAGCCGGGGAUUUCCUUCCCGCGUCCUCUGCCAUCCAACGCUCCUUCACCCAUGGGACGACCGACGAUUGCUUCUCAGCUUCACCCUCAGCAAUACAGCUCCCCGGUCUUCCCUGGACAUCAGGUGCCGCGAACAGAAGCGUACCUCCCUUCCCCGGCCCCUAUGCUGGAGGAUCCGCGACGACAGAGCUACUCAAUACCGUCUCUGCAAGCAGAUGGUUCCUCGGCGGCCAUGAACUACACCAUUGCCAUGCAUCCAUUCCAAAACCCGGGCACCUCAAACACUGGUGGCCCAGACCCUGGCCCACCAGGGCCAUGCUGACAAGUAGAAGGGGUCAUGGCAGGCUUGGAUGUAGCCUGGCUUGACCUCGUCGCUUGAUGAUUAUUCUUCCAUGAACUGGAAAUCUGACAAGGUGCCCUAACUCAUCUCCAGAAUUUUUCUCGAGAUGGGUAGGGAGGUUGAUGCUAAUUUCAACAGGGUGCCAUCCUACGACCGAAUCAAGCACCCGCCAUCCUGACAAGGAACUCGUCAUGGCACACUGGAAGAAGCAGCGCGUACGCUCCGGGAUCAAGGACUGGAGCGGCGAAGGAACAAGCCUUUGUGGACUAGGGCUCGAACUAUUUACAAACUGCAUC